GCCAAAUUUCAUAUGGCAUGAGCGUUGAUCCGAUCAGCUGAUGAGGGUCACCCAUCAGCCGAGGCACAGGCUUCGGUAAACGUCAUGUAAACCAUCACCCCCAAAUCCAGAGCCGAGCCUUUCUCGCACCCGACAUCGACAUAGUCCCUACCCCAUUCGUCCCAAGGCCUACAUAUCUACCCCUUUCCUCCUUUCUUGCUGUCAUUCCUUGCGACCUUCUCGGGCAGAAUUACUGAAAUAUCACUAGUUCUCCAUCUGCCGUCUUUUUCACACUCACUUGUCAAAGCAAUCCGUAACCCAUCUAUAAGGAUCCGAGGUACCGAUACCCGAUUCGCGUGCACCAUCAUAGUAUAAUAUCGAUCCGCUUUCUUGACGCACCUAUUCCGAUAGACAAAGAAAAUCACCGCGUUAUCGAUCAUGUCUCAGUCUAACAUUGGAGGGCAAAAGAAGGCCGUUGCAGUGUCUGCUGCGGUCCAGCAAAGUGACAACAUGGCACAUGCAUUGGCGGGCGCUGGAGGCGGUAUACUGUCAAUGCUCUUGACUUAUCCCCUGAUAACCCUUUCCACGAGAGCGCAAGUCGAGUCCAAGCGUGCCCAUUCCACGACGUACGACGCAAUACGCCGCAUCAUUCAACGAGAGGGGGUUUCUGGGCUCUAUUCCGGUCUUGAAUCUGCGCUCUUUGGCAUCAGCGUCACGAACUUCGUCUACUACUAUUGGUACGAAUGGACGCGUUCGGCUUUCGAAAAGGCGGCUGCGCGGGCGGGGCGGUCCUCAAAGAAGCUCACGACGGCGGAGUCAAUGAUCGCGGGCGCUAUCGCCGGGAGUGCGACGGUCCUGAUCACAAACCCUAUAUGGGUUGUAAACACUAGAAUGACAGCCCGCAAGUCCGAGUCGGAGCAAGAAACAUUGCCAGGGACUCCCCCCAAGAAGUCGCGGGCAUCUACAAUUAGUACAUUGUUGGACUUGCUCCGGCAAGAGGGGCCCAAGGCUCUCUUUGCUGGUGUUUUGCCAGCCCUCAUUCUGGUCAUUAACCCGAUUCUACAGUACACAAUUUUUGAGCAGCUGAAGAAUAUUGUGGAGCGUCGUAGGCGUAUGACGCCAAAGGAUGCGUUCUAUCUUGGGGCGCUUGGUAAGAUACUGGCAACUUCGAUCACCUAUCCCUAUAUUACGGUGAAGAGUCGCAUGCAUGUUGCUAGUAAAGAUGGUCCUAAGGAGAGUCUGAACGGGAGCCUGAAGAGAAUCGUCAAGGAAGAGGGUUUUGUGGGCCUUUACAGAGGCAUUGGGCCAAAGGUCACACAGAGCGCCAUUACUGCGGCGUUCUUGUUUGGGUUCAAGGAUGUUCUUUAUGACCUUAUGGUCUCUCUUCGAAAGAGGAACCGGACAAUUUCCAAGUGAAACAUGUGAUCUGGAAGAAACUCUUUAAAGCACCCUUGCCAAAUCAUUAACAUUAUUUGGGCUCAGAAAGACCUCCUGAUUGAUCCCCUCAUCGUGUACCUUUGGGCCCCUGUAUUUCUGUCUUUAAUCUGAAUAUAUUCUGUACAUAUAUGUUCUCUUAUUCAAAUUCGGCACGAUGACUGUUUCUUGG